AUGGCCGGAGCAAUGGGGCUGCCCGCCCGUCGCCUCGCGUGCGCGGGCGUGCUCGCGGCUCUGGUGGCGGCCGUGGCAUGGUGGCACCCGGCGCGGCGCGGCGGCGCGCGCCCGCGGCCCCGGGACGGCGGCCCCGCGUCGGCCGCGCUGGCGCCCGAGAACCUCCGGCGGUGGGUGUCGCCGCAGCGCGGCGCGCGCGCGUGGACCGCCGUGGCGACGCACGGGCGCACCACGGGCUACCGCGCGGCGGCCAGCGAGCUCGUCUGGCUCGACGGCCAACGGCGCGGCAAGAUCUGCGCGACGGCCGAACUGCCCGACGUCGAGGCCGCGGCGCGGGCCUGGACGGGCUACGCGCGGCGCGCGUGGCGGCCCGGCGGCGCGCCGGCGCCCGAGCCGACGCCCGACGAGCGGCGCGCGCUGUCGCACUUCCACGUCGCCAAUCGCACGGAGGCGAUCGAGCCGCUCCACGGCGUCGCGCGGCACCCGUUCGCCCGCGUCGGCUGCGCGCACUCCGCCGCGCACGCGCACGACGCCGGCCUCUUCGACAUCACGUACCUGGUGAUCCACAACGCGUGCGGGCGGCCGGGCCCGAAGCCGCGCACGCUCCUCUUCGACAUGGGCGCGUCGGUGGGCUUCGCGGGCGUCCCGGGGGGCGUUUACGCGACGCUGCCGACCGACGGCGGCGGGCUCGCGCCGUCGCUGCCGCUCUUCUACCGCAUCUACGCGGACCGCUGCCUCGAGCCGGACGAGGUCUACGCGUGGGAGCCGAACCCGCGCGUCCGGGGCGCGGACUGGUGGGGCGAGCUCCCGGCCCGCCUCCGCGCGAAGGUCCGCUUCUACAACGAUAUU